CGCUCUAGGUUUUUUUCUUGCAGGUUGCUCGGGAGAAACCGGCCGCGCAGUGUUUCCGCCUCACUCGGCCGCUGAGCCACCGAAGAGGUCCCACCGUCGUGCGUGGGUGAAGGCGAGCCACCCAUGCCCCCUUCUGUCCGAGAAUAUAUACAUUGAAGUGUGGGACAAGAUAUUUAUUUAAUUUCUGUGUCAAAAUUGAAGACCUGCUAUGUGAAUGAAGAAAGAGACUGAAUUUGUCACUUUCCCCUAAAGAAAAAUGAUAGACAAAAACCAAACCUGUGGGGCAGGACAGGAUUCUAUGCCCUAUAUGACUUGUCUGAUUCACAUAUUCGAAGAAUGGUUUGGUGUGGAACAAUUGGAAGACUACUUGAAUUUUGCAAACUAUCUCCUGUGGGUUUUUACACCACUAAUACUUUUAAUACUUCCUUACUUUGUUGUCUUUCUUCUCUACCUUACUAUUAUUUUCUUACACAUUUAUAAGAGAAAGAAUGAAUUAAAAGAAGCCUACUCUCAUAAUUUAUGGGAUGGUGCAAGAAAAACGGUGGCAACUUUGUGGGAUGGACAUGCAGCAGUUUGGCAUGGUUAUGAAGUUCAUGGAAUGGAAAAAAUACCAGAAGGACCAGCACUUAUAAUUUUUUAUCAUGGAGCUAUCCCCAUAGAUUUUUACUACUUGGUGGCUAAAAUUUUAAUCCACAAAGGCAGAACUUGCCGAGUAGUAGCUGAUCACUUUGUCUUUAAAAUUCCAGGGUUUAGUUUAUUACUUGAUGUGUUUUGUGUUCUACCUGGACCAAGAGAAAAAUGUGUUGAAAUUCUGAAGAGUGGUCACUUGUUAGCUAUUUCACCAGGUGGAGUUCGAGAAGCACUAAUUAGUGAUGAAACCUACAACAUCGUAUGGGGUAAUCGUAAAGGCUUCGCUCAGGUUGCAAUUGAUGCAAAAGUGGCUAAUUAGAGACUGCUGCCAGUAACUUUCACAUUUCAAGGUUUUUGUGUUCCCAUUGCUGUCAAAUGAAAAGACCAGUCUACACUCCUAGUUUGCCCAUCAUGCAAGUAUAGACUGCUAAUUAAAAGGAAAAGAUUAUGGAUGACUCAUUCUAACCCAAGAGCAGUAUUUGAAGAAAAAUGGAUGUUUUCUCUUUACUUUUUAAUUACAAAGUUUACAACAACAUAAAAUACAUUGUCCUCUGUUCUAUACAUAUGUUUAUGUAACUCGUAGAAGUUAUUACUAUAGUACUUUAAUAAUAUGAUCCUAGUAAAAGUUGAUGUACUUGCCCAUUUUAUAAUUAACAUAAAAAUUUAAAUAGUACUGUCCUGUGGUAGAAGGCUGUUCUUGUAUAUUUUAAUCCCUUAUACAGUGACCAGCAUUGAGUAGAAUUAAGUAUUUGCUGAAUUGAAUUUAUUUUUUCAAACACAGAAUAUUAAACACUAGUGGAAAGGAGCCUUUUGAUUUUAUGUUAAUAGUGUUAGUGAUAUUUAAUAUAUAGUACAUUUUAUUUAACCUUAAGCACAGAUGCAGAAAACAAAAACUUAAGACUAUAUGAAUGAUAUAGAAUACAAAAGGAUAUAUGCAGUUGUAGAAAAAUUAACAAAAGUCAAUGUAAUGUGUGUUGAAACAAUGAUAAAAACUAAAAACCUAAUCAAAGAAGGUUAACUUUUCAAGUUUAUAUUUUGAAAUAAAUUUUUCUUCAAAAGUUUAGGAUUAAAAAUGAUAAAAAUUGAUUUGAAAUCACACAAAUGUAUCAUAGGAUUCUAAUUCCUCAUCUUAAAUUUACAGUUUUGAGCAACAUAUUGUUUGGAAGAAGGCUUAAAAGAAAGACAUGAUAUGGAGAAAAAAACCUGUUUUUGUGACCGUUGAGUUUUUAGAUAAUUAAAAUAAUCUAAUUUAAAAUUUUUGUACAAAAUUUCAGAAAAUUUAAGAAAUAGCCUUUUAUAAGCUUAAAACAAACAAAUCUUUAAUGCUACAAACUUAUAAAAUACCAGUAUAAGUUUGAUUAAUAUUGUACCACCCCAACAUCUUGUAGUACUUUUGAAAGCUUUGUCUUGGUACUCCUGUGCAGUGAGGAGGUGACAUAUGCAAUUAUUCCGAUGUUACAGAUGAGACUCAGGCACAGAGAGCUGGAGGGAUGGAAGGGAUCUGGUCAUACAGCAAGGCAGCAGCAGAGCAGAGCACAGUUCAGGACU